AUGGAUGCUCCACUUGAGGUCAGCAAAGAUAUAGCACUGUGCAUCGAGAAUACUGCGUCAGAUCAUUUCAAUAACCGAGAAGUACCCACUGACCUCACGCUAUGGCAAGCAACGAAAAGGUGGCCCAAGGUCACGCUGUACUGUCUAGCGUUGACGAGUGGAGUGUUACUUUGGGGUUAUGAUGCUGCAAUGGCAGGCAACCUUGCGGCACUGGAUCAAUUCAAGUAUGAUUAUGGGGUUCUUCACGGUAAGAAAUGGAUUAUUCCCUCAAAAUGGUUGGGCGGUUGGAAUGCCACCGGUCCACUCGGGACCAUGCUCGGUGCGAUCAUCUCUGGUGCCUGCCUCGAUCGCUAUGGGCGACGGAUCAAUCUGGCAGCUGGAAGCUUGACCACAGCUGUUGGUGUUGCCAUCAUUUGGGUAUCUCAAUACGCCUCGAGAGAGGCGAGGCCCGGAGUUUUCAUGCUCGGCAAAAUUGUGAUGGGAACUAGCCUCGGCGUUGUGGUGACUACUACCCAAACAUAUAUCUCUGAGGUGCUGCCUUCGGUACUCAGAGGGCCUAUUAUAGCCUUCUUUCCUCUUUUUUAUCUUUUUGGCCAGCUUAUCAGCGCGAUUGUCGCCUUCGCUGCCGAGAAGAAGGAGGGUCCUGCAGCCUACCGACUGUGCUUGAUCAGUAUGUGGCCUUUCGCAGCUCUCCCACUUCUUUGCGCCGCAAUGAUGCCCGAAAGUCCAGUCUAUUUGAUCCGACGCAUGAUGCUUGGGAGAGCAUUCCAGGCUCAGAAACGUCUCGACACUAACAAAGACGACACACAGGCUAAUGUCAACCAGACUCGCGCCUGGAUCAUUCAUGAGCAAGAAGCUGCGCAGUCUGACCGAAGCAGAUAUGUGGACUGCUUCAGAGGGACAGACAAACGGCGAACCUUGAUUGUAAUCUUCGCCACCAUCAUCCCUCAACUCUUUGGCCUUCCCAUCCUUGGGGAUGGACCGUACUUCUUGCAAGUGACCGGGAUGAACAGCAGAAACAGUCUGAUUUAUCUCAUGACAGGAAUUGCUGGAGGUAUCGUCUCGACUAUCAUCAGCAUGUGGCUCUUAACGAGAUUUGGAAGGCGACCGCUUUCGUUAGUUACCCCUACCAUUCUGUCCUUCCUGUGGUUGGGCAUGGGUGUUGCUGGAUGUUUUGAGGCGGAGCCAGUGCCGUGGUUUGUCGGUGCGACUCUCAAUACAGCUGUAGCAGUCGCCGCUCUGGGUGUCUGGCCUGCGUCGUACGUUGUCGCAAGUGAAACCUCCUCCUUGCGGCUCCGCGCAAAGACUCAGGGGAUCGGGUGGGCUUGCCACAGUGUUGCCAACCUCGUCUUCAGUCUGAUACCACCCUUCAUCUACAACACAGAUGCGGGAAAUUUACGUGCUAAGAUAGGAUUUGUCUGGGCGGCUAUUGCUGGGCUUGGGACUGUCUUGUUCUACUUCAUCGUUCCCGAAAUGCUGCAUCGCACUCCUCUUCAACUAGACCUCAUGUUCGAGCAGAAGACCCCCACCAGAAUGUUCUGCGCCUGGCAGGGACAUGGAAUUGAACAAGCUAUCGUUGCCGAGGUGGAUGGCAAGCAGGACAGGGAGUGA